CUAAAGAAGUACGUGUCGUUCGCGUAAAUAUUUAUCUUUACACCAGUAAGUAGGUAAUAGUAUCGGAAACCAUAGGGUUCAGUCAAAUUAAUAACUUAAUGUGAGGACUGCAGGAGCCAACCCCUACGCUAAAUGCUAAUGAAUGUUUAGCAAAAAACAAAUUAAUUUUCACCCAAAUUUUACUCGUAAUAAACAAAGUUAUCUGAGCCAUAAAACCAACGAACAGCGGUUCUCAACCUUCGAUAAUGAGUUUUAUUUGUGUUUAAUGUAAUUAAUAGGGAUGGAUUAUCCCAGUUUUAUUAAGGAUUCAUCUACAUCUAACUUUGUUGCUCAUUAAGUUUUAAAGUUAACAAACCCUUAAAGUUUUGGGUUAUGCAGGAUUUCAGUGUUCGUUUCAGAGAUUUUAAAACAAGAUCAGGAUACAUUGUAGCACAUAUUCGUAAAGAGGAGCAAGUUUGAAUGUAGCUGCCAAAACAAUGCACGUACUGUGUGUCAACUUGCACUUGUCGGGGCGGCGCUGAGCGCUGCCUCUGUUACUCAAACACAAAUACAAAUACGCUGACUUCGAACAAGAGACGUAAUUGAGAUAAGGGAUGUGUACUCUACUUUAUAACUUUCUGCCUCCGUCGAACACAGCACGUAACGAAAUCAAGCAAGUUUAUUUACCGACCUUCCCUCAGAAGGAGGCCUUUUACGUUUCCUCUAUACUCUAUAACAACACUCGAUACAUGUGUGUAUUUACUUACCUCCCGUGCCGACAUCGAACGCCGGAGUUAAUCUAAUAAAGCCGAGCGGCAACUUUGUCAGGCUCUUUAACGAGCUAUUAUUUGAUAGGCUUUUGAAUCAUCCAUUAUCUUAAGCAGGUGUCUUGAUCGACGUAAAGUUUUAUAGGCUUUCAAAGCGAUAGGACUAUUUAAAGGCUGUUAAGAAACUUAUUGGAGUUACAAAUUUGCGGUGGCAUUUAGCUCGUCGCUUUUGAAUUGCCCCUAAAACAUUUAUUUGAAGCAUGUUGAAGUUACCGACGCUGUGUAGCGUGUAGCCAAUGCUCGUAACGUAAUAAUAAAGCUAAUAGUAUCAUAGCCAAUAUCCAGCACCGUUUGCAGAGCAAUUCAGUGAUGUCGACGGCCCCGCAACGUGAGCUCAAAUGAGGCGAGGGGGCGAUAAAGAUGAACCGGCCGGGCUACGAGUACUCCGCGCCGUCCGCCUACUACGCCGCCAAUAGCCACCCGCCGCACUACGACCGCCACUUCCCCGCGCCCGCGCCGCUCUACAGCCCCAACUCACUCAAGAACAACUACGCCGAUGUAUACGAGGGCAACAACGACACAACCCUCAGGGCCGAGGAGCGCCACUGGUACCUAGAGAACCACAAGAACCUGCAGACCUAUGAGGUGAACCACGAGGCACCGCAAGAUGUCAAAAUCAUCAAAAAAGAGGAAGAAAAGAAAGAGGAAACGAUUACCAUCCGUAGAGCGGAGGCAACUCAGGUGCGGCAGCGGCGGAAGGAGGACAGAUGCUCGUGCGAGUGCUGGCCGAGCGGCGAGCCCGGGGACAGCCAGGAGGCGGCCGAGGCGCGCACCACGCGCUCCGCGUCGGGGGUGGACAUGGUGUCGUCGUACGGGGUGUACAGCCAGGACGAUGAGAGCUCGGGGUUCGCGCGAGUGAUAGAAAAGAGUGCAGUGUACGGCCAGAGCAGUGAGAGUGCGGGUGCGGGCGUGGUGGUGAACCAGCAGGGCUGCAGCGCGGUGGUGCGCGUGGCGGCGCCGGAGCCGGCCUGCGCGCGCUGCUGCUGGGGCGCCCCCGCCGCCGCCGCCGCCGCCGCGCCCGCCAACUCCGAGGACUAUUGCUGGCUGCACUACUGCCGCCCCGCCCUCAUCGUGCUCCUCCUGCUAUUUUUUCUCGUCCUGCUCGGCGUCUCUACAGGGUUUUUACUGACUAACAAUUAUUUACAUUAUCAGCCGAGGCCACCUGCUCCCGAAGAAGCUUGCGAGAAGACGUUUUGCCGGUGGGGCGCGGAGUGCGUGUCGCUGGGCGACGGGCGCGCGCACUGCGCCUGCCCGGCCAGCUGCCCCGCGGCGCCCGCGCCCGUGUGCUCCACGGCCGGCCGCACCUACCGCAACCACUGCUACCUGCGCAAGGAGGCGUGCGAGCGGCGCCUCAACCUGCGCGUCAAGCACGACGGCGAGUGCGUAGCGGACCCAUGCACGGGCAUCAGCUGCCAGGCCGGUGCCAAGUGCGUGGUGACAUUCGGGCAGCCCGAGUGCCGCUGCCCGCGCAGCUGCCCGCGCCGCAAGCCGGUCUGCGGGAGCGACGGCAAGGAGUACCCCUCGGCCUGCCACCUGGACAAGCACGCCUGUGACAGCCAGGUCAACGUCACCAUCAAGUACCAUGGGAAAUGCGAUCCGUGUGCCGAGCACGAGUGCUCCGACGGCGGCGAGUGCCAGCUGUCAGAGGGCCGAGUGCCAGUCUGUCGCUGCGGCCCGCCCUGCGACCUGCUGGUGCGCCCGGGGUCAGCCGUCUGCGGCUCUGACUACCGAGACUACCCCAGCGAGUGCGCGUUGAGACGGGAGUCGUGUCGGACGAGACAACAGCUGACUAUCGCUUAUAGGGGCGAGUGCGCAUCAGCUCAACAUCCAUGCGCAUCAGUGAAGUGUGGCAUCAGAGAGCGGUGUACACUGGACGCUAGGGGUGUCGCGGUGUGUGGUUGUGGCCCCGACUGCGAGGAGGUGGCCCGGCCAGUGUGCGGCACGGAUGGGAAGACUUAUGACAACCCUUGCGUCUUGGACCGCUCGGCUUGCCGGGCCAAUCGAGACAUCAGAAUCGCUUAUAUGGGGCAGUGUGGCGACGAGAAUCCCUGCGCGCGCGCACACUGCCCGUGGGGCGGGGCGUGCGUGGCGCGCGGGGGGGCGCCGCACUGCGCAUGUCCUGUCUGCGACUCUACACUCGCGCCGGUGUGCGCGUCCGACCACAAUACCUACGGUAGCGAGUGUAAGAUGCGCAUGCAUGCGUGUCAGGAGGGCAUCAAGGAGAAGGAAAUCAGCGUGCUAUAUAACGGGACCUGUCAAACAUGUUCGGACAUCGUGUGCCAGGGCGGCGGCGACUGCAGCCUCGAUGCGGAGACUGGGCGCCCCGUAUGCCUCUGCAAUCAUAACUGCACUGAGUCCCAGGAAGCAGACGUGGUGUGCGGGUCCGACGCGCAAAGCUACCCGAGUGAGUGCGAGCUGAUGGCCACCGCGUGCCGCGACCAGACCGACCUGAAGGUGGCGUUCCGGGGCGAUUGUGCCCUGUGCGACGGGGUGCAGUGUUCCAACGGGGCGCACUGCUCAGCAGGCGAGUGCGUGUGCCCCACGGACUGCGCGGGGGUGCCCCGGGAGCCGGUGUGCGGCAGCAGCAUGCAGACCUACCCCAGCGAGUGCGAGCUGCAGCGCGCGGCCUGUCGCCUGCCGCCCCCGGCCGCGCUGCAUGUUAUCUUCUACGGCGACUGCAAGGACCGCUUGGCUGUGGUGCCGCCGAUCGCUAUGACGACGCCAGCGGUCAGCACGACUGUGUCUGAAGGUGAGGGGUCGACUGACCCCGCGGGGUCGACUGACUUCGGCGAGGGCCCUGAGUCGGCGUGUCGCGACAUCCGGUGCGACUUCGAGGCGAGCUGCGAGGUGGGCGCGGACGGGUACCCGCGCUGCUCCUGCCUGCUCGAGUGUCCGGUCGAAGAGGAGUAUUUCCCCGUUUGCGCGUCCGACUUCCGACUUUACCCCAGUUUGUGCGCCAUGCGGAAGGAAGGCUGCCAAAAACAACUGGAGCUCAGAUUGAGGCCACUGGAUCUGUGUAAAGGUAUGGAAGUGAGGCCUUGUGGUAACAACAAAGCCAUGCUCGAUCCAACAACGGGGCUCGAAAUUGACUGUGGUAAUGGACCUCAUCGCCAAGAUUGCCCUAUCGGCAGCUACUGCCAUAUAACGCUCUCCGCUGCUAGAUGUUGCCCUAAAAACGACACGAAAGAGAUGCAGGAAAAGAAGCAAGUACACUGUUCGGAGACGCCGUUCAGUUGUUGUGCGGACGGAGUGACGGCGGCGCUGGGCCCGGGCGAGGAGGGCUGCCCGGCCACGGCCAGCUCCUCGUGCGGCUGCAACCGGCUCGGCUCGGUGUCGGACCGCUGCGACGAGGCGGGCGCGUGCGCGUGCCGGCCCGGCGUGGGCGGCCUCAAGUGCGACCGCUGCGAGCCUGGCUACUGGGGCCUGCCGCGCAUUGGCUCCGGACACACCGGCUGCAUACCAUGCGGGUGCUCCGCAUUCGGCUCAGUCAGGGAGGACUGCGAACAGAUGACCGGUCGAUGUGUGUGUAGAGCCGGUGUACAGGGACAGAAGUGCACGAUCUGCGCCGACCACCGCCGCCGGCUCGGCCCUAACGGAUGCUCCGACCCGGAAAGCGGCGGCGUGGCCGAGUCGUGUAGUGAGUUAUCGUGUUAUUUCGGCGCGGUGUGCACGGAGCGCACGGGCGGCGCGCUGUGCGAGUGUGCGGCCGCCCCCUGCGCGGACAGCGACUCCAACAUGCUGGUCUGCGGGAGCGACGGGAAAACUUAUGAGUCGGAGUGUCACCUCAAAUUACAAGCGUGUCGCACGCAAGAAGAUAUAGUCGUGCAGGCGUUUGGGCCGUGUAAAAUGUCGGAAGUGGCUGGCACGGCCGGCCCGCCGCGGCCCUCCUCUCCCAUCCAGUUCACACAACAGGACGACGGCGCGGCGUCCAAGUCCACCCGGCACUUACUCAACCCGGACAAAUAUUAUAACAAAUACGAUUGGGCGAAGGAAAAGACGCCGAGUGACUUUGACAGUGUAUUCUCGGAGCAGAAGCUCAAAGGUUCCCAAACAGCAACCACAGCGACAGUGGGCGCGGUGGGCCCACUGCUCGGCGACCUGUGCGCCGACGACGCAGACUGCGCCGGGCUGCCCGGGGCCGUGUGCUCCCGGGGCGGCUGCUUCUGCCAGCCCGGGUUCAUGCCCAUGGCGCAUCGGAAGGGGUGCAUUGAGCAAAGUAUACAAGAAACCACAGAAGAAUACAGUGCGUGUCUAUCGGAGCCGUGCUUCAACCUCGGCUCGUGCAUCGACCUGCCCGGCUCCACCUACACCUGCGUCUGUGCCGGACUGUACACGGGAUCACACUGCGAGACACUUGCCAAAGAAGGAUUGCUAGCCUCUUUCAUUGAAACGCCCUCCUUUGACGGCUCAUCUUACAUCCGGCUAAAACCGUUGAAGGCUUAUCAUAAGUUGAAUAUCGAUAUUGAGUUCAAAGCCUUCACAGAAAACGGUGUCAUAUUGUACAAUCAACAGAAGCAAGACGGGACGGGGGAUUUCGUUUCACUCGCUUUAGUUAACGGGUAUUUAGAGUUUAGGUAUAAUCUUGGGAACGGUGCUAUAAUUUUGACGUCGUUAGAGAAGAUUACGCUAAAUGAGUACCACAAAGUGUCGGCUAAGCGAUACCACCGCGACGGCAUCCUGUCAGUAGAUGACAUGGAGGACGUGGCGGGGCAAUCCAGCGGCCAUUUGAAGGCAUUAGACCUCGCUGAAGACGCAUACAUCGGCAAAGUGCCUACAAACUUCUCCAGGGUGUUCGAGAAUAUCGGCACAAGAAGCAGCUUUAUUGGCUGCGUGAGAUAUUUGAGAAUAAUACGUCAUCAAGUAACAAAGAAACUGGGACGGCCGGAUCCAUUAGUCGUCUCUAUGGAAAACGUACGAGAAUGCCAGGCUAAUCCGUGUAUGAGCAUACCCUGUAAGAAUGGGGCUACAUGUAAGGCUAUUGAAGACUCCACGUCGGAAUAUACUUGUAUCUGCCCUAUCGGAUUUCAAGGAGCCAAUUGUGACGACAGAUUAGAUCCAUGUGAAUCGAAUCCCUGCGGAUAUGAUGAGGGGCUAUUGUGCGACAUCGGACCCGAAGGUGGUCACGUUUGUCGCUGCCUGUUUGGAGGGGAAAUUGGAUCCAACGGAAACACGUGUAGCAACGAUGUUAAUUUAGUGCAAGAGACUUGGUCACCCCAAUUCAAUGGGACGAGCUAUAUUGAGCUGCCCCCACUGGAGGGCCUCGGCAAAGCGUUCCGCAUCGAAAUCUGGUUUUUAACGAACCGACUCUCCGGAAUGCUCCUUUACACCGGACAGUCGACUAAAGCCAAAGGGGAUUUCGUAGCGAUUAACUUGGUUAAUGGAUAUCUCCAGUUUAGAUACAAUUUGGGAAGCGGAAUUGCGAACAUCACGUCACCGGUGCCAAUAACAAAGGGUCGCUGGCACCGAGCGCGACUGACGCGGCUGGGCAUGCACGGGAGCCUGCAGUUAGAUCAGCACCCAACUAAGAAAGGUCACUCGAUGCCACCGCUGACCCAUUUAGAACUAACGCUGCCACUUUUCAUCGGAUCGUUACCCUCCUACGUCCGCCCACACAUAAUGUCUGGGGUGACUAGUAGUUUCAUUGGGGCUGUCCAGCAGAUCUUUGUGAACGGUAAUCCGCUGGCUUUGUACGGCAGUGAGACAGGGAGUUGCGCCAUGACGUUGGACGAGGAGCGUCUGCCGUGCGCCACCAGUGGGGUCACUAAGUACACCGGACCGCCCUGUGGAGACGGUCUUACCCCUUGCAAAAAUAAUGGUUCAUGCGUUCCGUUGCUGAAUGAGUACAAGUGCAUCUGCCGAGACGGAUUCCAGGGCAGGAACUGUGAGGUGGAACUCAAUGUGGAGAUGCUGAGUGACGGAAGACCCAUUAAGUUCGAUGGAAAUAAUUACUUUUCAUACAGAAGUCGUGGGAGUAGAAGGAAACGCGGCGACCGUGGUAUUAGGUACGAAAUAAAAUUUCGGACUACGAACGACUCGGGCCUUCUUAUGUGGAGACGCAAAAUCGGAAUACGACCGCGAGACUUCAUCGGACUCGGCCUCAGUGAGGGGAAAUUGCAACUUAUUUACACCGACACCGACGUCAGAGAACUGAACUCCGUGACACAAGAAGACUGGUUCCAGUCUAUCGAGUCUAAGACGAGAGUGGAUGAUGGUCUGUGGCACACUGCCACGGUCCGGAGGCGAAAGCGACUGGCCAUGCUGCAGAUAGACGACACUGCCCCCGUCAGGGGGUACUCGCAGUCCCUGCUUGUACCCUCGAAAUCCAACCCUAAACUUUGGAUUGGUGGUUCGCCGUCGCUUCCCCUGGGGUUGCCAGCUCCACUCUACACGGGUCUCCGGGGCUGUGUGGCCAGCGUGAAGGCCAGCGGGCGCCACGUCGACCUGGCAACACCGAUACGGCCCACCUCUGUUAUACGACGGUGUGACUAAUUUAUCGAUUGAUAGCAUUAGAAACAAAAUGAAGUCAAGGUGUGAAUAAAAGUAUUAUUUUAGGUUUAUAGUAUACUUUAGAAACGUACCUGGUUAAUCCACACAUAUCCAUUCCCAUGUUUGUUAAAUUUGUUGAGUAUUUUUUUAUACAUCAUAGGUAUUAUGUAUGUAUAUUAUAAAAGACAAAGCAAUCCCUCAUAUCAUCAAAAUGUCUAAAGUUGGCUCACUUUUAUAAUAAAGUAUUUUGAUGUUCAGUGUACCUAUAACCAAAAGAAUAUGUUGCCAUAAUAUUUUAUGUUAUAGCUGUAGAGUUAAGUAGAAAUAAAUUACUAAAUCGAUUCAAUCUUUGAAAUGUCGGUGCUCGAAUAACGUAUGAAAGGUAUAAAGAUAAAGGGAAACUAUAGCAAAGAUUGUACUGAAUAUCAUAAAAGACACUGAUAUUUGUUGUUAUUACUAGCAGAAAUAUAUCUAUAAUAGAUUAUAGUGUAGUUAAUUAUUAUAAUACUUAGAUCGAAACAAACGAUGGCAGGUGUUGACAAAAUUUCAAAUUUCCAAUUUAUAUUUUAAUCAGCCCUGAAAUGCUUUAUUCAACACGUACAAUACAUUCCAUGUUAUUUUGUGAGCCUUUAAAAAACAUAAAAUACUGUUGUUACUUUUUAAUAGAUAUUAGUCGACGAAGUUAGUAGCUUUUGUUUUUUUUUUCUUAAUGUGGUUGUGUAAUAGCAGAAUGUUUUGUAAGUGUCCAUUUUAUACCUUUACUAAGACUAUUUGGCUUUAUAAUUAUAAUGAGAAAAAGAUCUAGCCAAAAGACAAUACAAUUUUAAUCUUUCGAUGCAAGUUUUAGCAGUUCUUUUAUACGAGUAUUCUUAACUGUAAAUAUUAGUUUUCAAUAGUUUUAUAUUUUGUAAACAGUGCCAUAGUUGUACUUUCAUAAUACAAGCGAAUUUAAUAAUAUCAAAGUGAUGUGAUGUUCUAUCGUUGCUUGAGUAGUGUUUUCAUGUUGAUUAAAAAAUUAAGUUAUUUUCAAAGACGAUCACAAAUGCUUAUUUUUACCUCUAAUCAUGGGAAGCUAUCAAAGUUUAAAAAAAAUACUAAAGUAUAAGAUACACUUGUGCAUUUAAUUUUUUAUCGCUUUGUAUUAUAUUGUAAAUAUAACACUUUUACGGGAAAUACCUUUUUUUACAAAUCCGCUUUACAAUUUUAAAUGUAUAAUUUAGUGACUGUCCAUAGACAUUGUGAAUAGUUUAGUGUUUUUGUUUUAUAAUAAUGUCUCCCUGCAAUUAUAAUUUAAUUAAAUAUGUACUAAUACCCUAUGAAUUAAUACCUCGUUCAAUUUAAGUUUACUUUCGGUUGUACUACUGAACUUUCCCUUGGCUAAAAUUAUUUUACUUAGGAAUUUACAUUGUAAAGUAGGUAUUAAUGUAAUGAUAAAAUUUAAAAUUAAAUCAAUGAGACAAUAUUAUGGAAUAUACCUAUAUCAAAAAUCGCAAUUUCGUAUGUUUAUCAAAUGAGGGCUUAGUAAAUGGUCAAAACAAACAUAUCGGAUGUAUUUUAGAUGUUUGUUAAAUGUAAACCUAGCUUAUUCGAGGCCACUUCCACGAAUAGGUAAUGACUAGAAUAUUGCAGCAAAAUGAACAUUACAUUUCUAUUAUACCUACCUACAAUACAUAUACAUUUUGGUUAAACUGGGUGUCGUAUCACGAUCACUCUGCGUACCUUGAGUUUAAUAUUAUAUUACUAUUAAAGAUGGUCUGAAAAACUGAUAAAUUCACAAAAGUUAUGUCUACUUAAAUAGGAAAAUAACUAAUGUUAAUGUUUAUGUACGGUCGCCUGCGCCUAAAAGUGUACAAACGGAGUUUUAAAAAUAGCGAUCUCAUCCACAUAAACACCACUGCUACACACAUCACACACAACACGUCCCCGGAUUUAUAACUG